AAAACCAUGUAAUUGUUAUGAUUAGGACCAGAGCCGUUCGUUAUGGCUUACCUAAAGGUUGUGUGUUUGGUAGUUUUGGCUUGCGGUGCCAUUGAAGGUGGACCGCUGGAGAGAAGUAAAAGGUCUCCAGGAAGCUAUGGAGGUAAAGGAGGUCUAGGUGGAGGUGGCCAAGGAGGCGGAGGUGGAUAUGGAGGCGGUUUUGGAGGAGGUGGUGGAGGUGGAUUCGGAGGCGGUGGUGGAUUUGGCGGCGGCGGUGGCAAAGGAGGUGGACUUGGAGGUGGUGGAGGUGGUUCCCAAGGAGGCGGUUUCGGAGGAAAUGGCGGUGGUGGAGGACAUGAAGGAGGUGGUUUCGGAGGAAGUGGUGGGGGUGGACAUGGAGGCGGCGGCGGUGGUGGAGGUGGAUUAGGAGGCGGCGGUGGUUUCGGUGGCGGCGGAAGUCAAGGUGGCGGAUUUGGAGGUCACGGAGGAGGCAGCCAGGGAGGUUUUGGAGGUGGUAAUCAAGGCGGAUACGGCGGAGGUGGACAAGGAGGACAAGGCGGAUACGGAGGUGGAUGCAGUACGUGUGGAGGAGGUGGUGGAGGCGGUGCCAAAGCUUCAGCCAGUGCCUCUGCAUCAGCAAAAGCUGGCUCAUACGGCAAGUAACAACCCUCAUUAAUUUUAAGACCUUGGAGUUGAAAACCUUCGAAAUUCCAACAAGUAUUCUGUCAAGCAUUGUGAUUAAAACAAAUUAUGCAAAAUUUGUGUAACGUGUAAAUUAAAAAUAUUUUUGUACCAUUA